GUUUGAUGCGAACUGUCGAGAUUUUGUUUCCUUAGUAACAGUCCCCGCGUUAGCAACAAUGCAUCACACCUAUCAACGAAAGAGCAAAUGCAACAAUUUAAACUUUUAGUUGGCGGUCUGCUCUCUAUCCCCCCAUAGACAUAGCGAAUCGUUGGCAUAUUGUUUUUUUCUCUACAAAAUGUCUUCUCAGGAAUCAACUCGUCCCUCCGAUGAGGUUUUCUACAUGCAGUGUCGAGCUGCUUAUCUUGCUGUGUUCCGAUCAAGUUUGUCUAAUAUAUCUUCAAAACAACAGUUGUGUCGGGUUCUCCAGCAGGCUGGUAGGAAUCCAUCCCACGCGAUUCUCAAUAAAUACUGGACUUCUAGAACAUCUAAGCUAAACUUUGAUGACUUCUGCGAGAUUCUGAAAUGUGAACGGAAAACCGAGGAGGCUGAGCUAAUGAGAGCUUUCAGAAAACUGGAUGUAAACCGUGACGGCUACAUCACGCACAGCGUUCUGGAGAAGGCUCUAACAUCUAGUGGUGAGAAGAUGACAGCUGAGGAGGCAAAUGCUGUUUGUUCGUUGGCAGAGAUUAACAAGGAUGGCAAACUGGACUAUGCUGAGUUCUGCAGGCAGCUUGUGUCUACAGCAGAGCAGUGUCAAACGGCUGCUCUGGAGAAGCUAGAAGCUGACGCUAAGCUAAAGAGGCAGAACUUUGGCAGCCAGUUGUACAGCCCUCCUAAAAGCUCAGUGGCAUCAGCAUCAUCUGCAUCACCAGCUCAACAUGCAGAAUCAGACUCCUCUGCCAAAAAAGACAGCCAGUCCUCCUUUCGUCCUCCUUCUGCUCGCAGCAGACGGUCGUCCCUGUCAAACUCAGUCACAAUGGCAUCCAGCAGCAGUAAGGCAGGCAAAGUUCAGGAACCGUCAGAUUUACAGGAUUGGCAUCACUGCUUUAUGAAAGGCUGCUUCUUUGUGGACGAUAACAGCAGCUUUAGCUCUCUGCAGUACCACCUUCAUCUUCCUCAGAAAACCAGUGUAUAUCUAACUAUCCAACCGCUGAGCCUCAGCCACAGACCUGAUAAGCCUCCAGCAUGGAUGAACGUGGACACGGCUGUUUUUGUCAUAACAGCAGGUGAAACCAAAGAAGACUCAGCUUUAGUAUGUUUCACCGAGUCAAAAGACAAAGAAAAGUAUGUUUGGAAAGGAGAACUUAAUGCUGGGACUUACCGCCUGCUUCCCUUCACCAGUGGCUGCAGAUUAAAGAAACAAAACAAAAGUAACUUCUUGGAUAAAUCUGUCAAACUUGUCUACAAGACAGACACGGGAGAACCAGACCUCACCAGCGAGCUGAGGGAGGUGCUGUCUGAAAUCUUUGAGAUGAUUGACCUGGAUGGAAAUGGUUUGCUAAGCCUGGAUGAGUACAACUUGUUUGAGCUGAGGACCAGUGGGGAGAAGUGUGACCAGGAUGCCUGGGCAGUGUGUAAAGAAAACUUUGAUAUGAGGAAAAACCAGCUGACCCGGCAGGGUUUUAUGGAGCUGAACCUGAUGGAGGCCACAGAGAAAGAUGGAGACCCCGCAGACCUAUGGGUGACUCUGGAAUCUAUGGGUUACAAUCAUAUGCUGGAGUUAGUAGAGGCAUGUCCAUUCCAAAUAGAUGUGCACUGUGAAGGCACUCAGCCAUCCAUGCAGCCACUUUGCUUGGACUCAGGCACCAAGCUUUUGAACCAGGCCCUCCAGAAGUCCAUCACCUCAAGGUUUGGGGCCAAAGCACUUCGAGGGCAUGACAACGUCUUCAUCUACACCUACAGAGGAGACCACCGGAUUUCCUCCCUCAUAGUCAACAAGGCCAAUCAGAAGGUGACGGUUCAUGUAAACAAUGAGCAGAGCAGGAACUGCUGCAGCAGCAGAGGGAUGGCUGUGUUUGCUGUUGAAGUUCCAGCCAGGACCAAAAUGGUGUGCCAACAUGUGCUACCCAUUAAUGAAAAGCAGGAAUGGGUCUAUAACUGCGUGGAAACCAGUUUGCCCAGCACAUAAAGCUGAAACUACUGAACAUAUUGCAAUCAUAAGAAGGUUAUACUACAGAAAGACUCUCUGAAGUCUGUGUUGGAAGGUUCUACUUCUGGUAAUCUAUUUCAGUUCUGAAGAGUUUUGUAUUUCAUUUUAAAUUUAGCAAAGAUAAAUGACAUAUUUUAUUAUGUCAUCUUUUAUCAACUUGUUAUUGUUUGAGAAACUGAGAACUUCUUCAUUGAUCACAUUCAUUAGCUCCAUCAGUAAGAAUCAUGCAACCUAUUACAACCACAAGGUAAUAGUUAAUAAAAGACAGUUGUCCCUUUGUUUAUUAAAUUAGUUUACUCCAUGUUGGUUGAGUUUUUUUUUUAAAAUUGAAUCCUGAUUUUAAUAUUGAAGUUACAAAAACUCUAAAACCAUUCUAUAAACUGCAUAUCAAAAUACCCUAUUCAGAUGAGAAUGAAAGGACGCCCAACACUGGUGCUAACAUGGAUUUAACUGACUGCAGAUGCCUCUCAUUCAAAACUUGGUGUGUAAAUUGACAAUUUUAAUUUUUUACAGUGAAAUGUGCUCAAAACUAUCAGUAAUUUUCCUAGUGUGGUAGCGUCAGGUUGUGUCGUUUGCAGUGAAAUGCAUUCCUCUGGACUGCACUCAGUUCUAAACUUUACUUGGCCUCGACCUUUCCAGUGCGAUCCUGACCUCCUAUUUUUGACUCUUGGGCCAUUAUCUGCCCUUUGACUUUCACUGCUGAAACAGUAGAACCAGUUGACUUAAAUGUCACAUGGCAUAUGAGAUGUAGUUAGUAACCUGAGCCUGCCUGCUCUUCUUUUCCCAACACAGUAGUAUCACUCUGUGCUCUGCACUGUAGUUUCAGUUGUUUAACCACAGUGAUUGUCUCUCAAUAAGGCAGUUUGUGGUAUUUCAGAGCAAAACAUUCAAAAAUAACACAGAUGUAAAGACAAAAAAUAUGAUUGUCCAGCUCUGCAAGGAAAAAAGAAAUCAGAGAAGCAACCAUUAAUUUUCUUACUUUCAUUAUAUCAUGAUAUUGUGCUGCAGGAAAUUAUAAAUGUACAUCACUCUGAAAAUACCAUUCCCACUGAAAUCAAAUCAUAUUCAUGUCAGAGAGUGGCCCAGUCAAAGUCCAGACCCAAAUAUAAUUAAGGAUCUAAAGCAAAAUCUUCAAAAACAUCAGCUAUUUUACAAAGAAAAUGAAGUUAUUUAUCAAUUCGUAGGGAAUGAGAGGCUGGUUAAAACAAACAAAAAAAAAUCAUAAAAAAGGGUUUUGCAAAGUAUUCUCAGUUGUGUUGGAUAGAAAUGAAUGUGAUGCUUUCACACAUUUUUAUGUGUAGAGAAAAAAUGAAAAAAAAAAUAAAAUAAAAACUUUCUUCUUUAAGUUCAUAAAAAUGCACUACAUUGUGCAAAUCUAACCCAUAAAAUCCACUAAAGCUUGUGGUAACAAAAAAUAUGGAAAAAGUAGUUUAAGGUUUAUGAAUACCAAAGUGUAAACCACUUGAAUUUUAAAGUUUUAAAGAAAAAGGGGGUUCUGUUGAUCAAACAGUGUGAUGCAACAGGCAACUAUUGCACUAUUUUCAAGUUUUGAACUAUUUUCCAACAAUUUUGUUUCAAAAUUGGCACUUUAAAACUGAAACCGACAGUGUGGACAGCUUCAUUAACGGUUUAUGUUCAAAAACCAAUUGUUUUUGCACAUUUAAACAUUUUUUUAACUUUCUGUUUCUAUAUUUCCACUGAUAUGCUUUGAGGGUCACUGACAUUCCAGAGUACAUAACUGGACACCAAAGGGACAAAGGUCUGAAAUGUAGGUGGUGUUCAAUCUAAAUUUGUUAAAUUGCUUUUUUCUACAUAUUUCUCAACUAACAGUGCUAAG